CUUGCUUCCUGGAUCUCUUUCUCUCUAUUUAUCUAUGCAUCCCAUUCCCAAUCUCUCCUUCUGUGUUACGCGUCCACAUUUACUUUCUCUCUCUAAAAGGGGGCCAUCUUCAAUGUCAUUGCUAUAGAUUAUUAAAGACUCUCCAGCCAGGUUACAGAGGGGGUUCUUGGCUUGUUUUGGAAUCAACAGCGGAAAAGCAAUUCCACUCCAGGCGUUCGUUUCCUUCCCUUGUCUCUGCUGUAUUUUAGGAAACUCUUGGCCUUUUUCCUUCGUUUUUUUUAAUUGCAUUUACUCCUACGUCGGUUUGUCGGGUGUGGAAUGUGGAACUGGAUCUUCUGAGAGCGAGUGUACUCACUUCGGUGGGAAGAUCGAGUUCUUGAGCUGGGUAUCCUGAUCUGAAGAAAAGGGGGCUCCGCUUGGCUUUCUUCAAUUGAAUCGAUUUGUGUCUUCACUCUUGGGAGGGAGUGAGUGAGGAGUCAUGGACACUGGGGGUCGACUCAUUGCUGGGUCUCACAACAGGAAUGAGUUCGUACUGAUUAAUGCAGAUGAGAAUUCCAGAAUUAAGUCUGUCAAAGAAUUGAGCGGCCAAGUAUGUCAAAUUUGUGGGGAUGAGUUAGAGAUAACAGUAGAUGGAGAGCUCUUUGUUGCGUGCAACGAAUGUGCCUUUCCUGUGUGCAGGCCUUGCUAUGAGUAUGAGAGAAGAGAGGGAAAUCAGGCAUGUCCUCAGUGCAAAACAAGAUACAAGCGCAUCAAAGGUAGUCCCAGAGUUGAAGGUGAUGAGGAAGAAGAUGACACUGAUGACUUGGACAAUGAGUUUGAUUAUGGAGAUCUUGAUUCUCUGGGCCCACAGUAUGUUGCAGAGGCAAUGCUCACUUCGCGCCUUAACACUGGAAUGCCGGUGCAAUCGGAAAAGGAGUCAACUCCCCUUGGUUCUAAGAUUCCUCUUCUGACCUAUGGCGAAGAAGACACUGAAAUAUCUUCUGAUCGACAUGCUCUUAUUGUACCCCCCUAUAUGGGUCAUGGAAACAGAGUGCAUCCAAUGCCUUUUUCUGAUCCAUCUACACCUUUGCAACCCAGGCCCAUGGUCCCUAAGAAAGACAUUGCAGUGUAUGGGUAUGGGAGUGUGGCAUGGAAGGACAGAAUGGAGGACUGGAAGAAAAGGCAGAAUGAUAAGCUUCAGGUGGUUAGGCAUGAAGGAGGAAAUGAUGAUGGAAACUUUGACGGAGAUGAUCCUGAUUUACCCAUGAUGGAUGAAGGAAGGCAGCCGCUCUCAAGGAAAUUACCUAUCCCGUCAAGCAAAAUAAACCCAUAUAGAAUGAUUAUUAUUUUGCGUCUCGGGAUUCUUGCCUUGUUUUUUCACUAUAGACUUCUCCAUCCUGUGAAAGAUGCAUAUCCUCUCUGGCUGACAUCAGUCAUAUGUGAAAUAUGGUUUGGUCUGUCUUGGAUUCUGGAUCAGUUCCCCAAAUGGUGCCCUAUUGUACGAGAAACAUACCUUGAUCGUCUAUCACUGAGGUAUGAAAAGGAAGGGAAACCAUCAGAGUUGGCCAAUGUGGACAUCUUCGUAAGCACAGUCGAUCCACUGAAAGAACCUCCACUAAUCACUGCAAAUACUGUUCUCUCCAUCCUUGCGGUUGAUUAUCCUGUGGAUAAAGUUGCAUGUUAUGUGUCAGACGAUGGUGCAGCCAUGCUUACUUUCGAAGCCCUUUCUGAGACGUCAGAAUUUGCUAGGAAAUGGGUUCCUUUUUGUAAAAAAUUUAAUAUUGAACCUAGAGCACCUGAAUGGUAUUUUUCGCAGAAGAUUGACUACCUGAGGAACAAAGUUCAUCCAGCUUUUGUCAGGGAAAGACGCGCAAUAAAGAGAGAGUACGAAGACUUCAAAAUUAGGAUAAAUAGUCUGGUGGCCACAGCACAAAAGGUUCCAGAGGAUGGGUGGACAAUGCAGGAUGGCACUCCAUGGCCUGGGAACAAUGUGAGGGACCAUCCUGGCAUGAUUCAGGUCUUCCUUGGUCAUAGUGGUGUUCGUGAUUUGGAUGGGAAUGAGUUGCCGCGUCUGGUUUAUGUUUCUCGUGAGAAGAGACCAGGGUUUGAGCACCAUAAAAAGGCUGGGGCCAUGAAUGCUUUGGUACGGGUCUCGGGAGUUCUUUCAAAUGCUCCUUACCUUCUGAACGUUGAUUGUGAUCAUUAUAUUAACAAUAGCAAAGCCCUUAGAGAAGCAAUGUGUUUCAUGAUGGACCCAACAUCAGGGAAGAAAGUCUGCUAUGUGCAAUUCCCCCAAAGGUUUGAUGGGAUCGAUCGUCACGAUAGAUACUCAAAUCGAAAUGUUGUAUUUUUUGACAUCAACAUGAAAGGGUUAGAUGGCAUACAAGGGCCAAUAUACGUCGGCACUGGGUGUGUUUUCCGAAGGCAAGCGCUUUAUGGCUAUGAUGCACCUGUGAAGAAGAAGCCUCCUGGCAAGACCUGCAACUGUUUGCCCAAAUUGUGCUGCCUGUGCUGUGGGUCUCGAAAGAACAAGAAGGGAAAGUCAAAGAAUGAGAAGAAAAAGAAGCUAACAAACAGGGAGACAUCAAAGCAGAUACAUGCUCUUGAAAAUAUUGAAGAAGGGAUUGAAGAGCCAAAGAUUGAUAAAUCAUCCCAUAUGUCCCAAGUGAAAUUGGAGAAGAAGUUCGGACAAUCUCCUGUCUUUGUAGCCUCCGCACUUGUGGAAGACGGUGGCGUUCCUCGAGAUGCCAGUCCUGCAGCAUUGUUGAGAGAGGCAAUCCAAGUCAUUAGCUGUGGUUAUGAAGACAAAACAGAAUGGGGAAAGGAAGUUGGCUGGAUAUACGGUUCUGUGACUGAGGAUAUUCUGACAGGAUUUAAGAUGCACUGCCAUGGCUGGCGGUCUGUUUACUGCAUACCUAAGCGUCCUGCAUUCAAGGGGUCUGCUCCUAUCAAUCUGUCAGAUCGUCUGCACCAGGUUCUUCGGUGGGCCCUUGGAUCUGUUGAGAUUUUAUUGAGCAGACACUGUCCAAUUUGGUAUGGGUAUGGUGGCGGGUUGAAAUGGUUGGAACGAUUUAACUACAUUAAUGCAGUUGUUUACCCUUUGACCUCGAUUCCGUUGCUCGUUUACUGUACCCUACCCGCAAUCUGCCUUCUCACCGGAAAAUUCAUCGUUCCUGAGAUUAGCAAUUAUGCCAGUCUUGUGUUCAUGGGGCUUUUCAUAUCUAUUGCUGUAACUAGUAUCCUUGAGAUGCAGUGGGGUGGUGUUGGAAUAGAUGAUUUGUGGAGAAAUGAGCAGUUUUGGGUGAUUGGAGGCGUUUCGUCACAUCUUUUCGCUCUCUUCCAAGGUUUACUUAAGGUCUUGGCUGGUGUCAACACGAACUUCACUGUUACCUCAAAAGCAGCAGAUGAUGGGGAAUUUUCAGAACUUUAUCUGUUCAAAUGGACAACAUUGUUGAUUCCACCGCUGACCUUGUUAAUCCUAAAUGUAGUUGGAGUUGUAGUUGGAUUCUCAGAUGCCAUCAACAACGGCUACGAUUCAUGGGGUCCUCUAUUUGGCAGGCUAUUUUUCGCCUUAUGGGUCAUUCUUCAUCUCUAUCCCUUCCUCAAGGGUCUCCUCGGGAGACAGGAUCGGAUACCCACAAUCAUUGUGGUUUGGUCUAUUCUGCUAGCCUCCAUCUUAACUCUUUUAUGGGUUCGAAUAAACCCAUUUGUCUCGAGGGAUGGCCCUGUGUUGGAAGUUUGUGGAUUGAAUUGUGACUAAGAUACUCAAUAAAGACCAGAUGGUUUUAUUAGACUCUCUGCAAAGUGAAAGUGACCAUCUGACCGGGAAGCAUCAGUCAAUUAUAUUUGUGCGAUUGUGCGCAAGGUGAAUUUUUGUGGGGAAGAACUCUGUACUUUUGGUGGUGUAUGGACUGUAGAUACAAAGGACCAGGAGCUCGACACAUUGUUCCUUUUUUUUCUUCUUCCUAUUUUACAGGGUUUUUAUUUAUUCUUUUAUUAAAAUUCUGUGGAGGGCUUUGUUUUCUUGUGAGUUUGUAUUUCUAAGAGAGCAUUGAAGUAUAAAUGAUCCCCUUGUCAAGUUGGGGAUUGGUAUAAGAUUCUGAAAACCACUCCUCUCUUCCAUGUUCUUUGUUAAUUGUUCACUCUGUCUGGACUUGGGCAUGUCAUGUAUGUACUUAUAUAUUGGAGUUUCAAAUUAUCAUGUAAUCCUCUGCUAGGAAUAAAUGUGAACGUUUUUUCGUCUCUGUU